AUGGGCAAAAGCCGGAAGCGGAUCAGACGAUACCAGCGGCAUGACAACCAUGCAACUCCAAAAAAUGACCAGGCAGAAGAGAAAUCGCCUCUCAUCGGUUUCAUUCCAUGCCAAACCGAGAGCAGCUCCUGCCAGAUGCAAAAGUCCCUCGAUUGCCUACGCACAAAGAAGACCUUUGAGGUCAUGCAUGAUAUAUACGCUCUGGUCGACUUACCCAUCGCAUACGUCCCGUUUCGUGUUCAACAUCUUGUUCUCCUCGCCCUCCAGCGGUAUUUGGAAGCCGAAGCUUUUCGCUUCGUACAGCAGUGGCUACCAAAGGAGGCUGAGGCGAAUGGAUGGUCCUGUGCAGAGGAGCUGGAAUUGCACAAGCUAUUUCCAUUUUUGAAGAGACAUUUUCGAAAGCUUCCGCUGUCUGCAUUUCCACAGAAACAAAAGCCUCCGCCGAACUGGCACGAGCCAAUUUGUGCCAUUCGCCAUGCUGCGGUGCACCGUAUCUCUCAGAACCACAACUCUCUUUUAAAAAUGGUAAAUAACGCGAUUGGACUGGUGUGGUUAUUGAGUGGGAGUUGCGAGGCCAAAAAACUCUAUGAAUUCUGGAUUCUCCUAGACUAUAUCCUGCCGCAGACGCACCGAGCGCAAAUAGACCACUCGCCAACCCCGGUGUUGCAGACGAAAGGAAGCCGGCGAGCCCCCAAUCGCAAAACCCUUCAAGCUGAAAUAUUACAGCAAGCUUCCCUGCGCAGAGCUCUUGGAGGUGUAUUCCAAGCCAUAGAAGAUAAGUUCGUUCUUGAGUUCCGGCAGACCCUGAAAGAGAUCGUUCCGGCUUCAAGGAAGCAGGACACCACCUCUGUUUCAUGA